UAGCAAGUUCCUGUUCCUCUCUUCACAUCGUUUCGAGUUACCUUUCAGAUCAGCCAUUACGCCAUUUUUAAUUGUAUUAUUAUAUUUAUAAUAUAAAGUGCAGUUGUUUAAAUAAUAAUUAUCGUUCAAAUAACGUAUAAAUUCUAACAUGGGAGUAAUCGUUGAUACAAUUACACCUGGAGAUGGUCGUACGUUCCCAAAGACAGGACAAACUGUAUCAGUACAUUACACUGGUACUUUACAAGAUGGUCAAAAAUUUGAUUCUUCCAGAGACAGGGGGUCGCCUUUUAAGUUCCACAUCGGUAGAGGCGAAGUGAUCAAAGGGUGGGACGAAGGUGUUGCCCAAUUGAGUCUGGGACAAAGGGCUAAGUUGACGUGUUCUCCUGAUUACGCUUAUGGAUCUAGGGGUCAUCCGGGUGUCAUCCCCCCGAAUGCUACACUUAUUUUUGACGUAGAACUUCUCGCGAUAGAUUAAAUCCACUUAGAAUUGCCUUAGAAAAUAUUCGGUGCAGUUGAUUCAGUUCUAUAUAUUUUUUUUAAUUUGAAUUUCGAAAAAUUAGUAAUUUUUUUUGUUGAUUCGGUCAAUUUUUGAAAACGUACGGUUUUGGAUAACCUUUUUUUUUUUCAAUAAAAUUUACGUCCCGGUAGUGUCAGAAUUGCGCGGGAGCGCGAUAAAGCUUUCGAAUAAUUUAAUUGCAUUUAUUAUUGGUGUUGUGAUGUUCUAAUAAAAAUGACUUGAUGUCACGUGUUUUCUUUUUAUUUUACCCGAAUUUCCCCAGCUUCGAACGAUGAUACUCCAUAUUUUAACUUGGGAUGGAAAUUAGAACGAAAAAACAGGUCCGGCUUAGAAGAUUUACGAUUUUAUAAAAUAGUGCGUAUUUUGAGGACAAUAUGUAUUAUUUUUAAUGGAAAUUAUAAUCUUGGGGCACUUUUUUUGAAAAUAUAAACACAGACACGAAUUUUUUUGAUGCUAUUCAUUUAAAAGUAAAAGAAAAGCAAUUGUCAAUUUUGCAAUUAAUAUUAUAGUGCAUAUUUUGAAUCACCCUGUAUGAUUGUGAUUGUGUUGAUAGUUCAUGUUUUUGGGUUCACCGUGUAUUGUUUUUAGUUGAUAAUUCCAAUAUCGAGGAACGUUUUUUAAAUAAUCAAACACAGACACCAAUUUUCUUUGGUAUUAUUCAUUUUAACGUGAAAUUAAAGCAGGUCCGGUUUAGUUACUUAAAAUAUUUACAUAAUAGUGCAUAUUCUGGGCCACCCUGUACAAUUUUUCGUAGCAAACUGUGACCAUUAAAGGUUUUUUCAAAUAUCCAAAAACAUAUUCAAUAAAAGAUUAUUAAGAAACCGUCUUAAAAGAAUAAAUGUAUAUAUUUGGGGACAUCCUGUAUCACUUUUAGUACAAAUUAAAACCCUAAACAUCAUUUUUUUUCAAAUAUUCUCACAAACUUCAUUCAAUUUUGGUUUUAUAUACAGUGUUGUCAAUUGUUUAUUAUUAUUUCAAUUUUUUAUCUAUCUCCCCUUAAAGUUAUCGUAUUUAAUUGAAUUUCAUGCAUAUUCAAUUACAAAUUAAGUGAAUUACUUCUUAUGCUGAAUACUGAUCACAUAUAUCAAGAAAAAAUCUAAAAUAUAAUCGACAUUAUCCUACUAACCUCACUUUCAAUUCAGUCAGGUAUACGAUAAUUACGCAAUUCAUUUAUUAUGCUCUGAUAAACGUAUUGUCAAUGCUAAUUCAACAUUAUUAAUGUCAAAUACAUUGUUAAUUGCAAUAAUUAUCUAUACAGAAUGUAUAGACAAACAAUAUGCGUAAAAAAAUAUUUUCAAAAGUAAUAGGUAUGAACGGACUAUAUUAAUUUGUAUACAAUUCUUUUUUCUAUAUUAGUGUAUUUGUUAAAAGAUUUUAAAGUAAUAAAUAUGGGAAUAUAACUUAUAAGAUCGAGACCAAAAGUAUCGUGAAGUUAGAUGUUGUCAUAGAUAAAUGUUUUCAAUACUUACGUGCUUUUAUAUUAUAUUUUUUAAUAUGUUCUAUAAAAAAUUAUACGAAAAAAUUAAACGUUAGUUAUUAAAAAAAA